CAUUCCAGCUGCCGUCGUCGAUGACCGUUGGAUCGCCCAGCGGUGCGGCACGGAACUGUCAAACAGCGAAAAACGGGCACACACAUACGACAAGAAGAGCAACAAAAAAACAACAUUUGUUCGCAGCGAUCCCGUGUAUGUUGUUCGACGGUGUUUGCAGGAAUCGGGUGCGAUUGUUUUGCUAUCUGGCUGCAUAGUUAGCAACUCUCCCUUCUUCCCCACGUCUAAUAGAUCCGGUCCCUUGUCCAGUAGUUAGUGCAAAGUUCGGUACCACCAGCCUCACAGCCAAGUGCAAGUUCCGUGUGUUUGUGUGCAGCAGCAGCAGGCUACCCCGUGAGAAAGUGCAACGUUGCGCCUCGUUCCACAAAUCAAGUGAGCUAGGGCGAACUCUACGACGAAGUUCCGCAACUGUCCCCAGUAGAACGGAUCUUUCCUAUCGCCAUCGUCCUAACACGUUGGUGCCGUAUAGGCGGGUUUCACGGUUUCAUCUGUCCCGGAGCAAAGACAGCUCCGUCGGUGUAGCGUAGCAGCGUCAAAAGCAUCCCCUCCACUUACCAACAAACCAAGUGUCCUCAAUUUUUCAGCACCCCAAGCACUUGCCCCGAUACGUCAACAGACGACGGUGGACAGCGGUCCGUGAUUUUGCAGACCGCAGAUAUUAAGCUGUGUACACUACGUAAUCGAAAAAGGUGCGGCCGUCGCAGCCUCCUUCGCAGCUAACACAGCUGUCCACCGAGCCAAGCGAGGGGGAGGACGGUUAACAUCGCGUCACACAGCAACCAUCGCCCGAGCGAGGCUCCCAGAGCAACGGCUGGAGAGCAACCGAAGGCAGUAGUGUGUACGUGAUUCGGAAAAUUGCAGAAAACAGACCCAGGCCCCUCCUGACCAAGCGUACAAGAUUCAAAGGGCGAAUCUUCCGGGCUGAACCAUUUUGCCCGUGGCUGUGAUCAAUCCAACGUAGUAGCGGGUUACAGUGAACAAUUUCGCGUGCGAUUGAUUAUUUUAGCGUGCGUGCAGCAGCAUUUUAGCGCGUGCUGUUCGUGUGAUUGAGUUGUUGGAAGCGGAAAACGCAGUUAGAAGAGCUCGCUGUAAACCAGCUGUAAACAAAGACAGCCUCCGGUAACGCACCACCGCCAUCAUGUCGAACGCACAGGAGGAAGAGCAGCACCUGCGGGAAUGUGAAUCGUACAUCCAGACGCACUGCAUCCAGCGGUUGCUGAAGGACUGCAUCGUGCAGCUGUGCGUGUCCCGGCCCGAGAACCCGAUCGUCUUUCUGCGGCAGUACUUCCAGAAGCUGGAGCGGCUGCCGUCGUCGAUGACCGUUGGAUCGCCCAGCGGUGCGGCACGGAACUGUCAAACAGCGAAAAACGGGCACACACAUACGACAAGAAGAGCAACAAAAAAACAACAUUUGUUCGCAGCGAUCCCGUGUAUGUUGUUCGACGGUGUUUGCAGGAAUCGGGUGCGAUUGUUUUGCUAUCUGGCUGCAUAGUUAGCAACUCUCCCUUCUUCCCCACGUCUAAUAGAUCCGGUCCCUUGUCCAGUAGUUAGUGCAAAGUUCGGUACCACCAGCCUCACAGCCAAGUGCAAGUUCCGUGUGUUUGUGUGCAGCAGCAGCAGGCUACCCCGUGAGAAAGUGCAACGUUGCGCCUCGUUCCACAAAUCAAGUGAGCUAGGGCGAACUCUACGACGAAGUUCCGCAACUGUCCCCAGUAGAACGGAUCUUUCCUAUCGCCAUCGUCCUAACACGUUGGUGCCGUAUAGGCGGGUUUCACGGUUUCAUCUGUCCCGGAGCAAAGACAGCUCCGUCGGUGUAGCGUAGCAGCGUCAAAAGCAUCCCCUCCACUUACCAACAAACCAAGUGUCCUCAAUUUUUCAGCACCCCAAGCACUUGCCCCGAUACGUCAACAGACGACGGUGGACAGCGGUCCGUGAUUUUGCAGACCGCAGAUAUUAAGCUGUGUACACUACGUAAUCGAAAAAGGUGCGGCCGUCGCAGCCUCCUUCGCAGCUAACACAGCUGUCCACCGAGCCAAGCGAGGGGGAGGACGGUUAACAUCGCGUCACACAGCAACCAUCGCCCGAGCGAGGCUCCCAGAGCAACGGCUGGAGAGCAACCGAAGGCAGUAGUGUGUACGUGAUUCGGAAAAUUGCAGAAAACAGACCCAGGCCCCUCCUGACCAAGCGUACAAGAUUCAAAGGGCGAAUCUUCCGGGCUGAACCAUUUUGCCCGUGGCUGUGAUCAAUCCAACGUAGUAGCGGGUUACAGUGAACAAUUUCGCGUGCGAUUGAUUAUUUUAGCGUGCGUGCAGCAGCAUUUUAGCGCGUGCUGUUCGUGUGAUUGAGUUGUUGGAAGCGGAAAACGCAGUUAGAAGAGCUCGCUGUAAACCAGCUGUAAACAAAGACAGCCUCCGGUAACGCACCACCGCCAUCAUGUCGAACGCACAGGAGGAAGAGCAGCACCUGCGGGAAUGUGAAUCGUACAUCCAGACGCACUGCAUCCAGCGGUUGCUGAAGGACUGCAUCGUGCAGCUGUGCGUGUCCCGGCCCGAGAACCCGAUCGUCUUUCUGCGGCAGUACUUCCAGAAGCUGGAGCGGGUAAGUCCUUUUUGGUUGGUUG